CUAUGCGCAUGUCGGCUGGGUCUGCCAACAUGGCAGACGAUACUGAGAGGAAACUUAAAGUUGCAGCCGGUUUAAAGAAGACAACAAAAAAUUGGUCCUGACGACACGUGUGCCUUACAGCUGAAGCAGUUCCAGCAGCGUUCUGUGAAAAAAACUGCGAAACGGAGAUCUUCUGACACGCUGUCACAUCACAUUGAACAGGAGGACCAAGCAAGUUCUCAGCAACUUGAUGAGCAGAGUUUUCCAAUGUCCCAGUCCUCAAAGCCCAAGGGAACUCUGUCAGUGACAUCACAGUCUUGUCAGGACCUCUCACAGUUGAGAGAUGAUGUUCAGCCAAGCCAUAGGGUACUGUCAUCUACCGAAAGCCUUCGUCAGAUCACUCUGCAGUUGAAUGGCCUAAUGGAAGAUACCAAUGCUGCAUUGAAUGGCGAGAUGGCAACACUUGCAGACUCACCUUCCUCUGUAGCACUGCGGGGGGAUGAACUUCUGCGAAGGAACCAAGAAUUAGCUACAACCCUUGAAGCUUUGCAGCAGGAUAGGGAUCAGCUUGAAUUUCAGCUACAGGAGUUAAAAGCAAAACUGGCACGGCAGCAGCGUGACUUCGACCGUGAACGGGAGGAAAUCGAUGAGCAGAGUCGGCGGGAGCAGGGUGCCCUGAAGGAUCAGCUUCAGGUGCAUAUACAGACCAUUGGCAUACUGGUGGCUGAAAAGACAGAACUUCAGUCAGCGCUUUCUCAGAGCCAGCAGACAGCCAAGCAGAAAGCAGUGGAAACGGAGGAGCUACAAGGUAGGCUGAAGGCUCUACGGGAAAGAAACAGUGACCUGGAGCGCAAGCUUAGCACAGCCAGCAGCCAGAGUCAGGUUCAAGAAAAAAGCACCAAGGACUCCCAGAGAGAAGUGGAUCGUCUCAAGACAGAAAACCACAAGCUUAGCAAGACCAUAGAAGAACUAAGGCAGGAGCUGGCUGAACUGUCUGAGAAACUCGACAGAAAGUCAAAAGAGGCUGAAGAAGCGCAACAAGAGCUGACCAGGGUCCGCCAGGAUUUGUCAAUGGCUCAGCUGUAUGCCCAGCAACUCGGGGGUGGCCAAGCGUCUGAGGAAGCACUAACUCGCAUGGAGCAGCUGCACCAGGAAAAACUACAUUUUGAGCGACGUGCUGCUGAGUACAAAGAUGCUGUUGAGCAGAUUACAGCUGAAAAGCAGCAAAUGGCAUCCCAUUACCAGACUUACGUGGAUAAUGUUUCACAGCAACUUGAAGUGCACAAAACUAAAUUGGCACAAAUAUCUGAAGAAAAGGAAAAUCUCGAAAGGAAGUUGCAGGAAUUGUUAAGUCAACCUACACUACCCACAUCACAAGUUUCUGAAGAUCCUGAGGUUAAACUGAAGCUCCAGCAGUAUGAGCAAGAGGUGGCUACACUUAGGGCAGCUUGUGAAGCCCAGGGUAUUGACAACAAGCAGCUGAGUGAGCUGUUGGCAGAGCGUGAGGCUCAUGCCGAGGAGCUUGCAGCAGCCUUGGAGCGACUACGGGAGGACCAUGUAGAAAGCAGCCGGCUCCUAGAGACCAUUCAAAGUGAAAAGGUGGCUGCCAGUCGUGCUCUGUCCCAGAACAGAGAGCUAAAAAGGCAGCUAGAAGAGAUGCAGGAUGUCUUUGUCAAGUUGAGCAAUGACAAGCUAGAGCUGACUGAACAGCUUCAGAAGGAACAGCAUGUAACCAAAGAGCUUGGAGAGCGUUUAGGGCAGCAAGAGGAGGAGCUACGUGAGCUAAGGGACCAGCUCGCCUCCAAGGAGGGUCAAGUGCAGGGCCUUGAGCAGUUGUCAAGCCGAGAGCACUACCAGCAAAGUCAGCUGGCUGACCGUGUGCGCCACUACCAGGCCCAGUGCCAACUCACUGAAAUACUGCAGCAAGAGCUUGCCCAGGCCCAGGCCAGAACAAAUGCCUUGGUCACCCAGAAUUCAGAUCUCCGCAAGGCAUUAGCUGAGAAGGCACAGAUGGCUGUUGAUGUACAGGAGAAAGAUUCUGGCAAGGUCCACGACUUGGUAGCAUCAUUAUCAGCGUCUGUGCAACAGCUAGAACUUGAACGAGACCAGUUAGUUCAUCAGUUGGACGAACAGCGGACACAGAGGGAGGCAGUUCAGCAUCAGCUGUUGGAGUUCAAAAAGAACGAAGAGGAGUUUCUGUCACAUGAGCAAGAGGAGAUGACACGCGAAGGUUAUGCCAAAAUGAAGCGAGCCAUGCAGCAACUUGAGGACCGCUUCAAGGCUACUAUGGAACAGAUAGCCGAUCUGUCGGAUCAGAAGCAGCAGCUGGAGCACUUAGUCACUCAGCUACAAGGGGAGACAGAUACAAUAGCUGACUACAUUGCUUUGUAUCAAGUACAAAGAGGUAUUAUGCGGAAGCGUGCUGCUGAGAAGGACGACUACAUUUCACAGCUUGCUAAGGACCGGGAAGAUCUAAAGGCCAAGUUGGCUGAAUUACAGUGCCUCAUUGUGCGCUUGUUGGAAGAGCGCCAACAGCAAUCGGGUGAGCCCCUUCUGCCUCUUCCAGGGAAAGCCCUCACAGUGUCAUCAUUGUCUGAUGCUCUUCAAAAUGGACCAAACGCUGGAGAUACUGGGAGCAAAUCAUUAAAUGGCUCCUCAGAUGAGAAGCAGGAAGAUGUCACUGCACAAAAAAUUAUGCAUCUCUUAACUGAGAUUGAAAGCUCAAGUGCUGUUGAAGGCUCACCUGUUCCGGACACGUUCCAUCCAUGCCCUGUGUGCUCAGGACGUUUGUUGACUGUCUAAGAGCAAACUGAGUGUCAUCUCUGCUGGAUGCGGUGGAAGGUACCGAGCUUUACAUUGAACACUGUAAACGCACAAAAGUGUUUUGGUGUUACCAUCUGAAUAAUGGUUACAUUGAACACUGUAACCGCAACAAGUGUUUUGGUGUUACCGUCCCAGUCACGGAGGAACAUUCCAUCAGUGGCUAUUGGUGUAGCACAGGGCUUCAAGGAGCUGGAAGAUGGUCAGCCACAGUGCCUUUAAUGUCUUGAAAUGUUGUUUAUAGUGUGUUUCUUCAAGCCCUUCUAAAUGCUACAUAUUUGCCUCUUUUUUUCUCCCUUGCUUAACUGCAUGGCUGAGCUAUGAGUCACUUUCCUUAGUGCACAUAAUUGUAUUGCAUGUGAAGCCAGACAUAGCUAACGCAAACUGAUAUUCUAGUACUGAAGUGUCUGAAAAUGUGUUUUUGAUAAUUUUCUGCUCGUGCUGUAAAGCCUCAAGUGGCUUUGCAGAGCUAUGUGAAGAACUUCAAGUUUUUAUGUGAACUCCUUGCAAAAACAAACUUUACUUUGUUAUCUUCCGAAAGGCACUUCACGCUGUAAUGUUACAUGCCUUAAUGCUACCCUAGUAAACCAAGGAAAAAUAUGCUAGGUAACUGUAAAAAUGCAAG